AUGGCUACGGGAACUGCUCAAGACGAGCGCCUAGCUUGGUGGACUCAGCACUUGCAAGAUCAAACAAUAUCACCGCUGACCCGAGACUACCCUGAGGCUACCGCGGAGAAUGUCCCCAAAAGGCCCAUUGAAGCAGUCGAGUCCCUUGCUGCGCCGGCAACUACCAGACAUGCGUUGAAGACACUGUCCAGCCUCGCCUCAUUCACCGCUGUCAUUCAAACAGCUCUCAUUGUUCUGGUGAGCAGACUAACGGGCGACGAGGAUAUCAGCAUCGGCACUAAUGUAAAAACUAACGGUCCUCCGUUCGUUCUCAAAACUGCUGUUACCGCCUCCGAGCCAUUCUCACAGCUGCUCAAAACAGUGCAAGAGCUGGCUGCGCAGGCGGCUGAGAGGGUCGUCCCUCUUGCAGACAUUCAGACAAGUCUAAAGAGGCCGGUCCUGUUUCGUUUUGCUGCUUUCGACAGCAAUGACGAUGGUGCUAGUCUACCCGGCGGUGCUGAAACAACCGACCUCUUGCUGACUUAUUCAUGCUCGGCUGGAGGCGACCUUCGACUGGUUGCGCGAUACAACCAGCGUCUUGUCUCGAGUGCAAGGGUAGCCGGUAUUCUCGCCCAGAUUACACGACUGCUGGAAAACGCCGCAGUUGAUGUCAAUGCUCCUGUUGGUGGGAUCGUGUUCGCCACCCCUCAGGAGCAAGCCCUUCUUCCCAACCCAACCAGUGAUAUGGAGUGGUCGUCUUUCCGUGGCGCUAUCCACGAUAUCUUUGCUGCAAAUGCUGAAGCUCAUCCUGACCGGACUUGCGUAAUAGAGACAAAAUCUGAGGAUGGCCCAGAAAGGGAAUUUACUUACCGACAAAUACACGAAUCCUCCAAUAUUCUGGCACAUCAUCUUGUCCAAUCUGGCCUGGGGAGGGGCGAUGUCGUCAUGAUAUACUCAUAUCGAGGAGUUGACCUAGUAGUUGCCAUUAUGGGCACCCUAAAAGCUGGUGGCACGUUUUCAGUAUUGGAUCCCGCCUAUCCACCUGACAGACAAAACAUCUACCUCGACGUCUCAAGACCAAGGGCGCUUGUCAUCAUAGAUAAAGCCACACAAGAUGCCGGCGAACUGUCGGACAAGGUGCGAGGUUUCAUAAAUGACAACCUGGAUCUCAAGACAGAAGUUCCGGCUUUGCGUUUGCGCGAUGAUGGCUUUCUCCAGGGCGGCGAAGUUGCUGGAAAGGAUAUUUUUGCAUCUACGCGGAGUCUCAAAGCCAAAGGUCCUGGUGUUGUGGUUGGACCCGAUUCCGUGCCCACUCUGUCUUUCACCUCUGGUUCUGAAGGCAAACCGAAAGGCGUCAGGGGCCGCCAUUAUUCAUUGGCAUUCUACUACGACUGGAUGGCGAAGAGAUUCAAUUUAUCUGAGAAAGAUAAAUUCACCAUGCUCAGCGGCAUCGCACACGAUCCGAUUCAAAGAGACAUAUUCACGCCUCUAUUCUUGGGCGCACAGAUUCUUGUGCCAUCCAAAAAUGACAUUCAGAAUGAGCUCCUAGCCGAGUGGAUGAAAGAAUAUGGCGCGACAGUGACACAUCUGACACCAGCCAUGGGUCAGAUUUUAGUCGGAGGCGCAACAGCAAAAUUCGAGAAGCUUCACCAUGCUUUCUUCGUGGGCGAUAUCUUGAUCAAGAGGGACUGCAGAUCCCUACAGAAUCUAGCACCUAACGUGCGCAUCGUCAACAUGUGGGGCACGACGGAAACUUCUAGAGCGGUGAGCUUCUAUGAGAUACCCUCUUGGAAUGAAAAUGAUGGCUUCCUGGAUGGAAUGAAAGACGUCAUCCCCGUCGGCAGAGGAAUGCAUAACGUUCAGAUGCUCGUCAUAAACCGCUUUGACCGCACUAAGCUAUGUGCAGUUGGCGAAAUCGGAGAAAUAUACAUUCGAGCAGGAGGACUUGCAGAAGGAUAUCUGGGAACUCCUGAGCUUACAGCGACGAAAUUCGUGGAUAACUGGUUUCCAGAUCAUGAAAAAGGUCUGGAAUCAGAUAAAGCCUGGUUUGAGCAGAAAUACAAGAAUGAACCUUGGGCGCAGUAUUACCUCGGGCCUCGAGAUCGCCUGUAUCGAAGUGGAGAUCUCGGCCGCUACACACCAACAGGAGACGUGGAAUGCUCUGGCAGGGCUGAUGAUCAAGUGAAGAUUAGAGGCUUCCGGAUCGAGCUGGGAGAAAUCGAUACGCAUCUGUCUCGACAUCCUCUUGUGCGCGAAAAUGUCACGCUUGUCCGAAGAGAUAAGUUUGAGGAACAGACACUUGUCAGCUACAUUGUGCCGCAAAUGAAGGCAUGGUCACAAUUCCUUGCGGAAAAGGGCAAGGAGGACAUUCCAGACGACGGAACUCUGAUUGGGAGGGUGGAACGGUUUCAAGUGCUCCAGACCGAGGUGCAAGAGUACCUGCGAACGAAGCUACCUGCAUACGCGGUUCCUUCUGUCAUAGUGCCAAUGAAAGCAAUGCCCUUGAAUCCAAAUGGGAAGGUCGACAGGCCAAAGCUGCCAUUUCCGGACGCAGGAAUACUCUCGGCUCGAACACGGCGCAAGUCUUCCAUGCUACAUCAGCUCACGGAAGGGGAAUCUGCGCUUGCACACAUCUGGGCGAAGCUUGUUCCAGGAUUGAUUCCGCGGACCAUUAGACCAACGGACUCAUUCUUCGCUAUCGGUGGUGAAAGCAUGAAAGCGCAGCAGCUUGCAUACCAGGUCAGAAGAACGCUUGGAGUGAAUCUGGCGAUCAGCAAGAUAUACAACCGGCAUACGCUGAAGGAGAUGGCUGCUGUAAUCGAUCAUUUACGGGCUGCUGAUUCUUUGGGAGGUGGAGAAGCGGUUGAGAUAAAUGGAGGUGCAGACAGUGGUCAAUCCAACGGUGUUACGGCUGAAGAUCAAUACGGCGAUGAUGCCCCCAAAAUGGCCAAAUCGCUGCCUUCUUCGUUCUCCUCUGCAUCUACAGAUAUUCCUCCGGCGCCAGUGGUGUUUCUUACUGGUGCGACUGGCUUCUUGGGAUCAUUUAUCUUGAAAGACCUGUUGGACCGCAAUGGUCCUCAAGUGAAGAAAAUCUAUGUCCUGGUUAGAGCCAAAGAUGACGCAUCGGCAAUAUCCCGAAUUAAAACGACCUGCGAGGCAUACGGUGUCUGGGAUGAUUCAUGGCAGUCUCGAGUCCACUGUGUUACGGGUGAACUGGGGCCCAGGCGACUGGGCCUUUCCGAUGCACGAUGGAAAGAAAUUGUUGAAGAGGUUGACGUUGUCAUCCACAAUGGAGCCCAAGUCCAUUGGAUCAAUACAUACGAAAUGCUCAAGCCUGCCAACGUUCUCGGCACCAUUGAAACGAUGAAGAUAUGUGCGCAGGGCAAACCCAAAUGUUUUGCUUUUGUGUCCUCCACCAGCGUCCUCGAUCACGAACACUUUGUCUUUGAAUCGGAACGUAUUAUCGCCGCUGGAGGCGAAGGCAUUAGUGAAGCGGACGACUUGAUGGGUAGCCGCAAAGGGCUAGGUACGGGCUACGGUCAGAGCAAAUGGGUAGCAGAGUACCUCUGUCGGGAGGCCGGGCGACGAGGUUUGCGCGGCUGCAUUAUCAGACCCGGUUAUGUGCUUGGCUCCUCUAAGACUGGCGUCACGAAUACCGACGAUUUUUUGAUUCGGAUGCUGAAGGGCUGCAUUCAGCUUGGUACCCGACCCAACAUCAACAACACAGUGAACAUGGUCCCAGUGAACCAUGUUGCUCGAACAGUUGUGGCAUGUGCGUUCCAUCCUCCCUCUUCUCACGGAGUCAACGUAGCUCAGAUCACGGGGCACCCAAGACUACGAUUCAAUCAAUACCUUGCGGCACUCCAGACCUAUGGAUAUACGGCGAACCUAACGGAUUAUGUUCCUUGGGCUUCAUCGCUUGAGCACUACGUGAGCACACACGCCGACUUUGCACUCAUGCCACUCUUCACGUUUGUCGCUAAUGAUCUCCCUUCGAAUACGCGGGCACCAGAACUAGAUGACAGCAAUGCAGAGAAAGCGCUUUACGCAGAUGAGAAGUGGACUCGAGAGGACGUUAGUGCGGGAAGUGGUGUUACAAAGCGAGAGAUCGGUCUAUAUCUGGCCUAUCUGGUCCAGAUCGGGUUCCUUCCGCCUCCGAACGCUACCAAGGAUCAGGAUGGCGUCAAGAGCUUACCGGAGUUGACUGUAUCGGACGCACAGCGCAGAGCUUUGGUAAGCGUUGGCGGGCGAGGUGGCUUGGCUUGA